AGUCUGGCAAUUUGCUACACUCCAUUGCACUGAGUCUUCUGUUUGGUUUGUACGCAAUCAUGAUAUUUGUCUUUUCCUUCUCAGGAGGCCAUAUAAUGUCUCUCCAUACCCAAUUUUCUGCCAUGCAGUCCGUUGUGAUCUUCAGACGACCACCAUCAACAACCCUUUCCCAAGCCAAAAAUGUCCUCCUCUCCUCUCUCACGCCUCGAUGCCCAAACAGACUUAGCCCUCGCCAUGUCCGAUCUAAGUGUCCUCUACAAACAACGAAACGAACUCCUCGCCGUCGCAAAAGCCGACAAAAACGUCUCCUACAUCCUCGACGUCAUGCCAGAGAUCAACUUCAUAGGCUGGGGGAACGCCCAAACUUGGACAGAAACCGUCCAAAAAGCCAAAACCGAAGCUUGGCAGUAUUCCAUCGAGCAGGCGAAGUUGGAGAUUCAAAUUAUGAAAGCCGUAGAGAGAAUGAGGGAUGUGAGGAGUACAAUGGAGAAUUAUUAUAACAGUAUGCAGCCGCCGGUGGAGAUGCCGGAUCAGGAGUUUGUGGAGGGUAUCCAGAGGAUGUUGAGAAAGGCGGGAGGGUUUGGGGAGGAGGACAGGAGGAAGUUGUUGGAUAAGGUUGUUGAGUCGGCGGAGCAGUUGGAGAGGGUGGCGAGGGAGAAGGGAUUCCCAGUUGGCGGUGGUGGCGGGGUUGGGCCCGGUGGGAGGUGAUGGGAAUGUGCUAGAGGUGCUGAUUGAUUGGUUUGUCGAUUCCAGCACCACAGUUUCUGAUGGCUCCAGUGUUCAGACUCUCAGCAACUCUGCACCGUUGUCUCAAUGGGAAGAAGCUCCUGUUGUAAGAUUUGCACGAUGUCUCGCGAUCUGCAGUGAUUUAGCGAGAGACUUCUUCUGUACCUGUUUUCUUUGUUGUGGUGAAACAAGCAAUCAGGCUUCUAGCUCGC